AACAUAUAUAUAUAACUUUUAUUUUUAAGAGUCAUCCUUUUUCAUUGUUACUUGUAAAAGUUAGUCUAAGAUAACAACUUGAAAUAAUAAUACAGAUAUUCAAUUGUGUUAAAUUUAUAAAUCAAUAUAAAAGAUAUAAGAAUUUAUUAUUCAUUUUAUUAAAUAAUUAAUUUACUUCGCAUAAAUAAAAAACAAGGCGUGUUAGGUUGCAGAAUUUCAUCAAAAUGAAGAACAAUAAGUUAGAUAUAAUAAUAUUUGGUGCUACUGGAUUUACUGGACAAUAUGUUGUUAAAGAAGCAGCACGUUUGGCUAAAGAAACAGAAUUUAAUUUUGGCGUGGCUGGACGUAGAAAAGAGGCAUUAGAAUCUACUGUUAAAGCGUGUGCACCGGAUAUUGAAAACGUUCCCAUUAUUAUUGCGGAUAUAAAGGAUGAAGAAUCUCUUAAGAAAAUGGUAGAAAAGGCAAAAGUGCUUGUAAAUUGUUGCGGUCCAUAUAUACAUUAUGGCGAACCUGUUAUUAAAGCAUGUAUAGCUGCCAAAAUUCAUUAUGUUGAUGUUACUGGAGAAAGUCUGUUCAUAGAAGAAAUGCAGUUGAAGUAUAACGAAGCGGCACAAAAUGCUGGUAUCUAUAUUGUAAAUGCUUGCGGUUUUGAUAGCAUUCCUUCAGAUCUUGGCAUGGUUUUUACACAACAAAAGUUUGGCGGAGAAGUUAAUAGUACCGAAGUAUACUUUAGUAUCUUGAAUUUGCAAAAUUGUAACAAACCUGUAGCAAACUUUACGACCUUGGAAAGUUUGAUGUAUGGAUUAAAUCCAAAUGAAAAAUUACGUGAUAUUCGUAAAAAAAUAUUUUCUAAGAAAUUACCAAAAUUGAAGCCCAAAUUAAAAUUGAAAGGUUGGCUUCCACAUAAAUGUGAUUUUACAAAUGAAUGGUCCCUACCAUUUCCAUCUGCAGAUCGUUCAAUAAUCUAUCGUUCACAAAGAUAUUUCUUUGAGAAAUAUAACCAGAGACCUAUUCAGGCUGCAGUAUAUAUUGGAUUCCCAUCUCUAUUUUAUAUGUUUAUGAUGAGUUUUAUGAUUAUACCUUUUUUUCUUAUGAAAUUUUCAUUUGGACGCAGUUUAAUAUUAAAGUAUCCUAAACUAUUUACUUGUGGACUCAUAAGUCAUGAAGAACCAACCGAAAAAACAUUAAAUGAAUUAAAAAUAUCUCUCACUUUCUUAGCACGUGGUUGGACUGAAAAAUUAAGUGAACCUUCUGAUGUUCAUUCCGAUCCUCCAAAUAAGGAGAUGGUUACAAAAGUUACUGGUGUUAAUCCUUACAUUAUUACUAGUGUUGCUGUAAUGUUAUGUGCUCUUAUCAUUUUGAAGGAAUCUGAUAAAAUGCCUGAAGGUGGAGGUAUCCUUACUACUGCUGCCGCAUUUAAUAAGACUUCUCUUAUCGACGAAUUAAACAAAAAAUGUCUUAAAUUUGAAGUUGUUUCGUCCAUUGAAAAAUGAAGGUAUUAUUAACAUAUUACAGGAUAAGGUCUUUCAAUAUAUUUUUCGUAUUACUUAUCGUUUGUUACUUAUCUUCAAUGUAAUGUCUGUAAGAUUUAACUUUUUGGUUUUGGUUUUAAUAUUUUUACAAGGUAGAAAAAUAAUUUGUAAUAAGAGUUAGAGCUAAUGUUUUAUAAACACAUUUUGAUAUAGUAUUAUUUGUUUAUAACAAACAUGAAGGAUAUAAGUUAACAUGGUUCUCUCAAAGAUAUAGCUAGUAAUAUUAAUAUUAUGGUAUUUUAUGGUUAUUUACAUUUUGAUAUUUUUAUUAUGUUAUAAAUAAAACAUAAAAUGUUAAUUCUUUUAUUUCAAUUAUAAUUACACAAUAAAGAAUUGCGAAUUAAGAAUAAUAAUUAUAAGUAUCGGGUUCGUUACGAUUUUUGGUAGAUGGCGUAAUGAUAAAAUUGGCACGAACUUUUCCGGACAAUCCAAUGUAAAAAGAAAUAACUGUUCAAUUAUAUGAAAGAGAAUAAUAUACAAUUUUUCUUUACAUUAGGAUAAUAUAUUACGAGAAAAGUUAUCGUUCAAAUAUAUUUCUGUUAAUAUUUUAAUCCGAUUAAUAUGUUUCAUUCAAUUUACUAUUAUCAAUCGAUUAUAAAUUUUACAUUUGCUUUGUAUUAUUGUUAAUAACGUUUGGAAAAAAUAUCACAUUUCUUGUCAAAAUCCGAUGAAUAAAAAAUAUGAAGCUUGAUGUAUAUAAAAUAUGAAGGAAAGAGAUCUAUCAAAGGCGUAAAUAUGGACGAAGGGAAAGUGGACUUUCUUCGUAACUUAUAACGUGUACGACUUCAUAAUAUCGUUAUCUUUGUUGGUCAUGAUUCAGAGCAUAACCAAUAGGUUGGCGACACUGGAAACCCAAUAUAUCAUACCUACGGCAUUUUACGUAUGUAGAUACCCAGAAAUGUACGGAUCGUAUCUUACAUAUUUUUUUUUUUUUUGAAGGAAAACUCGCUUGAGGAAGUAUGACUCAUUCUUUGUAAUAAAAUAGAUUGCUUUUUUUUUUUUUUUUUAAUGGAAGGUCGACCACAAUGGCGGUCUUUCAUAUUCAAAUCAACCUUCGAAUCGACCAAUCCAAAUUUAUUAUCUCGAAAGUAUAUUUUAUAUAUUCUAUUAACCUUGCCACAUUAAUUAUGUUGUAUUUAGAAAUAACUUAAGUAUCGUUUUAAUGACUUUUCAUUUACUAUAGUAUAUUUACUGUAUAUAUAUAUAUGUGAUAUUUAUGGUGAUAUAUAUACGUGUAUGUAUAUAUAUACAUAAAUAUUUAUGUUUAUAUGAAAAUAUACAUAUAUCUUACUUUUUA